AUGAUGAUGUUGUUUAUAAAGGACGUGCCUGACCAGGCCCGCGCCGGAGAGAUCAAACGCGUAUCGAGAGGGUACGCACGCAACUACCUGCUGCCCAAAGGACUCGCGGAGAUUGCCACCGACGAAACCCUGAAGCGCCUGGAGAAAAUCAGGAACGAAGGAAACACUCAGCGCGCCCGGGAAACGCAUGUGAUGGAAGAGUUGGCCGAGGCGUUGGAUAACCUCACUCUCACGAUUGCCGGUCGCGUCACCCCAACGGGCCGAUACUACGGAGCCAUCAGCGGCGUGCGAAUAACCGAAGCGUUGGGUGAGACGCUGGGACGGGAGAUCGACCGUAGAAUUGCCAACUCGGUUGAACCGAUCCGGGAACCCGGCGAGUACGAAAUCGCCAUACCCCUGUCCAGUGAAAUCACUGCCACCAUUAACGUAGUCGCGACUAUCGAGGAGUAA